CUCUCUUUACCAGCUUUCCUCACUCUGUUCGAACAGUCUGAAGAAAGAUCCCGACCUUUGUCUCUCCAUUCCCUCCACAGAUGCUGCCCAACCCGUUGAGUUUCUCCAGCGCUUUGCGUUUUGCUCCAGAUCUCCGCAUCUACGGCUCCUCGUGUCCCCUCUUUCACUUUGUUGCACACAAGGAACUGCAGAUGCUGGAAGAUCGAAGGUACACAAAAUUGCUGGAGAAACUCAGCGGGUGCAGCAGCAUCUAUGGAGCAAAGAAAAUAGAUGAUUACAACUUGAAAAUGGCAGGCAAACGAUCAGUAAUAUGUGUGGUCAAGUUUCUCUGUGGAGUUGGAUUAGGAUAUUAUAUCUGCUAUGUCCUGAUUAAUGGAAUUGGCACACUAUUAAUUCAGUUCUUGAAUGAUGCACAUGGAGCCAUAAGUGAUUCUGACAACCACCAACGCCGAUAUCUUGAAGGAACGAUUUCAUUUAACACCAGGCAACACAAAGAUGAAAGCAGAAGCCUUGCUGAUGAUUUGUAUAAGAGAGUGCGAAUCCUGUGCUGGGUGAUGACUCGGCCCCAGAAUCUGGAAAAUAAGACCAAACAUGUCAAAGCCACCUGGGUUAAACAUUGUAACUCUGUGCUUUAUAUGAGUUCUGAAGAAAACAAAGAUUUUCCUACAGUGGGACUGGAUGUUAUAGAAGGCAGAGAUGAGCUGAACUGGAAAACUGUCAAAGCAUUCAGAUAUAUUUCUGACCAUCACUUGAAUGAAGCUGAUUGGUUCUUGAAAGCAGAUGAUGACACAUACGUUAUAGUUGAAAAUCUGCGUUGGCUAUUAUCAAAGUACUCUCCAGAUCAACCCAUAUUCUUUGGAAGAAAAUUUAAGCCAUUUGUGAAGCAAGGAUUCAUGAGUGGUGGAGCUGGAUAUGUACUGAGCAAGGAAGCAGUGAAAAGAUAUGUUGAUAUCUGCAAGACUGGUAAAUGCAGUUAUUCUACAGUUCAAGAAGAUGUGGCCAUUUCAAAGUGUUUGGCGGGUCUUAAUGUAUCAGCUGGCGACUCCAGGGACACAAAUAAAAGGGAAACCUUUCAUCCUCUUCCGCCAGAACAUCAUUUGAUAAAAAAAUAUAUACCACGAUCAUCCUGGUACAGAAAGUAUUGCUUUUAUCCCAUUACAGAGGGGCCUGGAUGUUGUUCUGAUCUGACAGUGUCAUUCCACUAUGUCGAUCCUGUGAACAUGUAUCUUUUAGAGUACUUGACUUAUUGUCUCCGACCAUACGGCUACAAGUAUAGAUAUUAUCCAGAGUCUGCAGCAAAGGAAUUGAAGGAGACAUAGAUUUCUGUGAAACGUCUGUUCAAAUUUAUGUGUUAGAAAUGAAUGGUCAUCAAAAAUGUUUUGGAGAUUUGAGUUUUGCGCAAAUUACACUGGAAAACACAGCAACAGAAAUAAUUAUAUGGCAUAGUUGUAAACAAUUACAUAUGGAUAUCAGUGGGAUUUUUCUUUCUUUUACUACUGGCGAAAACAAGCAAUUACAUUUGUAUCAUGAUAAAUAAAAUAUGUGUGUAUUCAUUCAUGACUCCAUGGGAACAACUGUACAUAGUCUUGGCUGCAUUGAUGUUUAAAUGAGGAUAAGAAGGGCCUGUAUUAAAGCUUUAUUUUUGGAUUUGCUGCAUUCUUUCAGCAACAGCCUGACAACAUUAUAUCUGGUCUCAUUGAUGCUUGUUAGAAGUAAAACUAUUUAAAGUUGUUGCUUACUAUCUUGCUGAAAGAUAUGAUUAUUGGGUACAAACAUGAUUCGACUUUCCUGUAAGCCUUUACUGUAUGGAUUCACACUCUAGACACUUCCGCCCCCCCCCCCCAAAAUGAAUGGAGACCUGUAACAGUUACAGAAUGGGACCACAAGCAGAUAUUGCAAUACAUAUUAGGAGAGCAACUUGUUUUAAGAACCAUAAAAAAAUUGUUGCCAUUGCACGAGUGGCCCAAGGAGAUAAAGAAAUCCAUGGUAUACAUAAAACAAUUUGAUUUAAAGUUUAGGAUUAAUUAUGGGGGAAGAUGUAAUUUGUGGAAUAUAAAGGUGAAUUUAAGUAAGGGAAGUGUAAAUUGGGGAGAUAUCUGCAGUGAGUUUCUCAUUCACUGUCAUUCAUUUCACACUAUUGGGCGAAGUGAUUACAGUUUGCUAUUCCUAACAAUACAACACCAGGUUAUCAAUUUUAUUAAUACUCAUGGUUGAUCUUUAUGAUAACUAAAUCAUGAACUCAUUUUUAUCCAUUAUGUAUCUAGAUUUGGUAUGGAAUUUUUCUUUCCAAAGAAAUAAGACUUGGGGAAAUGCAAUAGCAAGAAUUGUACAUUUAUAUAAAUAUACUAGACUAAGUGGGACCCAUUGGGUCCCAUGUUCACACGGGAGGGCUGGUCCCCUGACGCUAUAUUCAACAUCUCCACCAAUUCCAAUAUUGGUGGCAGGUGUGGGGGCUUUCUGGAGCGCUGGUAUGGGUUCUUGGGGUGGGAGCUCAGUCCCUCAAGCCUGAUCUGCUGGCAGCUCACGGCUGGUGGGCUGGCAGUUGACUCAUGGCUAAUCCUUGAAAUUCCAUUUCAAGGAGGGUGCAAGGCCACCAAAUUCAAAUCCUUUUUCCUACCAUUUCAAGCAGGGUGCAAGGCCACUGAAUUCAAGUGCAGUUUCAUACCACUUUGAGCAGGGUGCAAGGCCACUAAAUUCAAGUGCAGUUUCCUACCAUUUAAUGAAACCACCAUAAAACCACACAAAAUUCCAAACUCACAGUUCAGUAGCCAUUCAGUGGGUUCAGUUGAUUCACAGCUCAGACAGAUUGAUGACCUCUCCCUCCCCCAUCAUGUAGAGACUGAGCCACACCCACACUUCCAUUUUAUAACCCCUCCCCCUCCCACUGGAAAAGGUGUGGCCUUCAUGGCGUGAUAGACAGGAGAGAGAUUCUCAACAUUUUUUAAACACUAAUAAUACUUUUAUUUUUCAUUGAUGGGAAGAAUUCUCUGUACCUGCUGAGCAGAGGGGGACUGAGUAAGAUGGCCAAAAAUCACAGCCGCAAGUGGUAGCGUUUUAUCUAAAAUCAAUAUACAGUGCAAACAGGAAGUAAGUGCAUUUGCAGUAGUGCCUUUUAACCUCAAGCCAAAGCACCCAAGCCACCAUUUGCAGUAAGUAGUGCCUUUCAAUUUCAAGCCAAAGCACCCAAGCCACCAUUUGCAGUAAGUAGUGCCUUUCAACUUCAAGCCAAAGCACCCAAGCCACCAUUUGCAGUGUAGUGACUUUCAACUUCAAGAGAAAGCACCGAAGCCACCAUUUGCAGUAAGUAGUGUCUUUCAACUUCAAGCCAAACCACCCAAGCCACCAUUUGCAGUAAGUAGUGCCUUUCAACUUCAAGCCAAAGCACCCAAGCCACCAUUUGCAGUAAUAGUGCCUUUUAACUUCAAGCCAAAGCACCCAAGCCACCAUUUGCAGUAAGUAGUGUAUUUUAACAUCGCCAAAACUCCCAAACAACCAUUUGCAGGCAGUGCCUUUUACUUCAAACAAACCAUAUUUUUAUUUUCAAACUACAUUACGGGGACUCACAGUUGAGUAGACAUGUGUUCAGUGUUAUUCAGAGCUCAGAGAGAUGUGACCCUUUGGCUUCAUCCAUCUUGCAGAGACUGAGUGAGGCACACCACUUCCUGGUUUUAUAGUCCCUCCCCCUCCCUCCAGCAGGGGCAGCAGAGAGAAUGGUGAAUUUAAAAUAAACAUUAAUAUCUCUCUGAUUUGUCAUUGAUGGGAAAAAUCCUCCAGUCCAGGAAGGCGGAGGGGGGCUCUGAGCGAGGUGGCCAAAAAUGACAGCCGUAGUUGGCGGCGUUCUCUCGGAAAUCACACACAGUGGGCCAAAAGCGGUCAAGAUCAGACUUUUAGUAAUAUAGAUUAUUAGAAACAUAGAAAUUAGGUGCAGGAGUAGGCCAUUCGGCCCUUCGAGCCUGCACCGCCAUUCAAUAUGAUCAUGGCUGAUCAUCCAACUCAGUAUCCCGUACCUGCCUUCUCUCCAUACCCCCUGAUCCCCUUAGCCGCAAGGGCCACAUCUAACUCCCUCUUAAAUAUAGCCAUAUUGAAUAUCUUGUGCCAUGUAAACCUAUUUACUUGGUUUGAAUAAAAUAAACAAGUCCAUGGUUACAGCAUUUAUUGAUGAUAUAUUUUUUAGUAUAGGUUCACUAUCCAAUUUCCUGCAUCCUUGGUUCCAGAGCUUUGCUGUAUUAUCAGUUUUGCCAGGCCUUCCGAGGUCACAAAGGCAGGGAUGGGGAGGGGCCAAUAUGCCGGCUCUCAUAGUCAGCAAGCAUGUCAGCUAUGUGAACAGCUGGUUCCAGAACCCCGGCCGCAGCCAGCAAAACAACCUGCCAAACCCGCAGAAGUUGGCUCUAGCUGGGCUGGAGUUCCACAGCCCUGGCUGCCCUGGGGCAAAUUCAACACACCAUUUGGGCCUUACCAUUGUCUGUACCCGAAUACUUAAGUGAUUCCUUUACAGCAAAAUCAAAGAAGGAUCUUGUUUAAAGUACACGGCCUCACCCGACCUAGGCACCACAUUUUCCACAGAUUAAAGUAGAGAGAUUGGUGCUGGACCUGUAUAUACUCUCUGCCUUUGAAUCACCAUGUAAAUAGAUGGCUGAAGUGGAAAAUUAACACUCAAGUCUCACGGAUAAAAGAGACCAUUUUGUACAAGUGCACCACAUAAGUUCUCUUUUUUAAUGAAAAAAUAAUAAUUUUAUUAGAAGCAAUGUACAUACAUAAUAAUCAUGGUAUAUAACAUAAUACAUUUCAUGUACAACUUCUUUAUUUUUUAUUUUGUUAUUUUUGAUAGAAAAGAAAGAAUGAAAAGAGAGAAGCUUUUAAAUAGCUUGCGGCCUUAGAAGUGUAGAAAAAAAAAAGCCCCGAGAAUAAAAGGGUCUUAAGAAAAGAAAGGAAGUUAGAAGAAAUACAAAAAAGAUAGAACUAAACAGAAAAGAAAGGGAAUGUGCCUAAAUGGCCUGUCCCACGAGCAUGCGACCUGCAUGAGGCAAGCGCGACCAAACCAGAAGCGGGGGCCUCACGGAGGUCGAGUGAUCCCCAUACAGGGCAGGUCCCAUCAGCAUGCGCCUGCAUUAGAUUAGAUUAGAUUAGAUGAGCAUGCGGCGAGCGCGACCAAACUGGAAGCGGGGGCUGCGCGGAGGCCGAGUGAGUGACGUGAAGUUCGAGCGAUGUCCGGUGUCUAUCUUCAGUGUAAACCAGCACCUGCACUUCCAUCCUACACACCAUUGACUGACUCUUGGCAAACCUGUGCUGAAAUCAGAUUUAAAAUAAACAGUGAAUAAUUUUUGGUACAUUGCAGAAUCUUUAAAGAGGAGACCCUUUGGUUGGAUAAAUCAUACCAUCUCUCCAGUUAGUCCAUCAUCCUUUCAGAUACUAAUUCAGCUCCUUUUUGAAUGCUAAAGUUGAAUUUCCCUCCAUUGUUACAGCAGGACAGUGGAAUACAAAUAAGGUGCACUUAUUUCAAAAGAUUUUUCUUCUUCAUUUUUGGGUAAAUUUGCGAAUCAUAAUUCUAUGGCUCACCAAUGGGAACUGAUUUCCUCUAUCUGCUCUGUCUGUACCAUUCAUGAUUUUAAAUAUCUCAAUGCGAUCCCGUUGCACCCUCAUGUUACAAUAUGAAUAGUCUCAGCGUCUCCAUUCUAUCAAUAUAAUGAGUCGCCCAUCCCUGGAAUCAUUUGGUAAAUCACUUCUGUACCCCUGCCCAAGCCUUUACCCAUUUCACUUAAUAUAACACUCCAAAUGUGGAUAAAACAGUGUUUCAUGAACGUUCACCUCUUUAAGUAAUUUAGACAUAAAUCCAGGGUCAUAAUUUAUUUACCUCAUUCUCAACAUUCUCUACAAUUUUCACGUUUGUUUUUCACGCAUGUAUCCAAAUCUCUGUUCUUGCACCCUGUUUAGAAUUCUGCCCUCUAAUUUAUGUUGUAUCUUAAUCUUUCAACCAGUGUGUAAUUCUUCACGUUUCUUAGCAUGAAAUUCAACAACACUUAUUUGUUCUUCAACCAGCCUAUCCAAAUCUUCUUGACAUCUAUCACUAUCCUCCUCACAGUGCACUACAUCUCCAUUUUUUUUUGUCAUCUGCAUAUUUGGAAAUAGUGCCCUUUGAUCCUUAAUCCGUCACUGUAUUAUGAAAGGCGGUCUCAGCACCAACCCCUGGGGAACUCCACCAUAUGUUUCUUGCAUGUACAAAAACACAAGUUUCACUCCUGGAGAUACAGUAGGUAUCUUCUCCAAUCUUGUCUAUUGCAUUCGGUGCUCUUGAUGUGCCUCCUCCAUAUCGGUCUUGUGAGAAUUUUACAAAAUUGAGAACCAGUAACUGGUUACCAAUUUUACCAAAUUGAGAACCAGUAACCAGUAGAGAUCAGGAUGGUUAUAGAUUGAUGAAAUGUUUCCAACAUUAUUUGAAUUGCUUAUUUCUGUAAGGAUAAAAUUAUAUAUUGCUUUCAAUCUGUGGCAAAAUACCGAUAAAAUUGGGUAAUUUUAACUUUUUGAUUUAUGUAAUGAUUGUACAUUCUUUAUCAUGAAUCUUUCUGUGAAUCACUAUAAAAGUUUCAAUUCUAAUAAAAUGAAGCAAUAUUUAGCAAUUA